AAUUGAUAUUCCCCAAAUAAAUACGGAUGGCAGAAAUUGUCGUCAGGACGAACCCCUGACCCGGCUUCACAUUCUCUGGUUGGUGGCGCAGUAGAAGAUCUCUCGCUCACAGCCUUCUCUAUCUCUCCAUCUUCAACCUUCAAGCUUCCGUCGAGCAGUUCAAGAUGGCAGCAGGGAAAAUCAUUGGCGCAACUGUUGCAUCUUUUGCUGUUGCAUAUGUAUGCGACGCUCUCAUCGCUGACAAGAAGAUAUUUGGAGGUACCACCCCUAGCACUGUUUCAAACAAGGGAUGGUGGGAAGAAACCGACAAGAAGUUCCAGGCCUGGCCUCGAACUGCAGGUCCUCCUGUCGUGAUGAACCCCAUCAGUCGCCAAAAUUUCAUUAUCAAGUCAUCUGAAUCUUAAGGUAGUACGUGCAGGAAGGAUUGCGUGUCCGGUUGAUCUAUUUGGAUGCCAUUUCUUAUCUAAUAAAAACCUCUGUCGGGACUGAUAUUUGGAACAAACCUUGAAUUUGUUGACAUUGUUUGUGAAGCCAAUUUGGUUUCAUGGAUCAGAGUUUUGAGAUUCACAGUUGAAAAGAAAAUUCUUUGAGUUAAGGCAUUUUAGUUUUGCAUGAA